AUGACCUCUUUCAUAACGACAGUAAACCAGAGAACCCGGAACCAGUUCCGACCGCGCGCUGGCGGCAAGGGCAACACCUCCUAUCAACUGCGCCAGUAUGCCGAAGCAACACUAGGCGGCGGCUCCCUACGAAAGGUAGUCAAACUGCCCGAGGGCGAGGACGAGAACGAGUGGCUCGCCGUCAACAUGGUGGAUUUCUACAACCAGAUCAACCUGCUUUACGGCGCUAUCACCGAGUUUUGCUCGCCGCAGAGCUGCCCAGAGAUGAAGGCUACCGAUGAGUUCGAGUACCUCUGGCAAGACAGCGAGAACUUCAAGCGCCCGACCAAGAUGCCCGCGCCCGCUUACAUCGAGCAGCUCAUGUCCUGGGUACAGAGCAACAUCGACAACGAGUCCGUCCUGCCGUCGCGCAUCGGCGUGCCCUUCCCCAAGCAGUUCCCCAGCCUGGUCCGCCAGAUCUUCAAGCGCAUGUACCGGGUCUAUGCGCACAUCUAUUGCCACCACUACCCCGUGAUCCGUGAGCUCGGUCUCGAGCCACAUCUCAACACCAGCUUCAAGCAGUACGUGUUGUUCAUCGAUGAGCAUCAUCUCGCAAGCGGAAAGGAUUACUGGGGACCAUUAGGCGAUCUGGUCGAGAGUAUGUUGAAGAGUGACUGA